AGACGCUUAACCGCCGGAGCCAGUCAGCCGCCUCUUAAGAUUUUAUUUUUGAGUAAUCUGUAACGCGGGGCUCGAGCUCCAGUGCGGCGCUGCUGGAGUUUGAAUCCCAGCGCUGGCACUUUCUAGCCAUGUGACCUUUGUAAAAUGAGUGGUUAACAUUGUCUACUUUUUAAGGUGUCUUUAAGAUUAAAUCCACAUAAAACACUUGGAACAGUGCCCAGCAUGAAGUAAACAAUAUUAUUAAUAUCUUUAAAUGCAGAGGUUUUAUUUGUGUUCUGUUGGCCACAUACUUAAAUCAUGAAACGUACCGGUGUCUGCCGGAGAAACGGCACCGUCUAGGAAGCAUUUACUUCCCCGGUUGGUUUUUCUUGGUGUGUUUGGAGCGAGUGCCAAGAAGCUUCAAGUAACCAACCCCUCUAUCUCCAGGGUUUGGAGGGUUCUGGAAGCAAGCGUCAUAGUUCAGUGUUGCCAGGCACUGUCGGAUUGAUGCCUUAUUCUUAUCUAGGGGUCUAGGUGGCCUGCCCCCAGCCCCCAGCCCCCCUAGCUCAGAGUAGUUGCGGGGGUGGGGGGGGGUGGGGUGGCAGGCAAACAGGCUCAGAGGUUUGGGCGAUUCCGGCAAGGAACGGAGCUUGCUUAUCCACAUUCUCACAAAGAUGAAACUUGAGGGAGAGUCAGCCUAGUUCUUCCCUGUCACCCAAAGUUAAUUUGGGCAUCGGCAAACUACAGAAACCGGCUCUGGUACCAGAGCUCUGCGUGAAAUGGCGCUUUCCAUGACAAGCAGCACCCGUGGAAGUGAUAGACCCGACUCCGAAAGCACUGCGGCUGCGCGCCAGAUUUGAGUUCCUAGCUGCGAAGUUUAAAUUUGCCCCGUGAGCAUCCUGUGAUAGACAUGGACAUGUCGGAAGAAGCAGCUGGCCAGUCUAAGAUCCAGGAUGAUGAUUGUUGCAUUCUUACUGUGGACUCAAGCGGUGAUGAAGAAUUUGAGCCCUUUGGAACCAAAAAGAAGGGGCAGAAAGGGAACACGAGCUAUGUGGUGAUUGACUCGGACUCUGAAGACGAAUACUGCAGUGAUAAAGUCAGAGCUUACAUAUCUGACAUAAGCAGCAAAGAUGAGAUUCUGGAUGUGUUAUCCAAUACUGAGGAGCAGCCUCCUACCAAGGAGCCUCCAAUACUUAUCACUGAUGAUGAUAGUGAUUUUGAGGGCCCUGUGCUCAUAAUAGACGAGGAUUCGUGUGAUCAGGGCCCAACUGCCCCAAAGGAAAAAGAGAUGGAGGUCUUCGAUGUCUCCCAGCGCAAUUCAUCUCACGACGUUGGUGAGCCGAAUCUUGGUGAAAAUGUCGGCCAGCCUGCGAACGGCACUGAGGCUGCAGUGGAGAUUGCCGAUGAAGAGCCUGCACCUGUGGUGGAACAACCACAGAAGAGGAAGAGUAAGACCAAGAACGUAUGUGUGACACCCAGUAAGCCGGGCAUAUCAGCUGUGAGAGUCUCCAAAAGGUGUGCGCCUUCAAAGAAGAAGCCCGGUGCGGGGAAAAUUGAAAAAUGCAAGACCGGGAAAGUGAUGUGCAAAAUACCUGGAUGUUUCCUGCAUGACCUGGAAAACGCAAAGCAGUAUUCUGGAAGGAAAUUCAAGCAAAAUAAGGACAGCCUGGUUCAGAAAAUCUACGCCCUGUUUAACAGCUCGGUGUUUGAUAAAAAGCUGCCGGAGAAAAUAGAUAUCGGCUGGAAUAAAAAGAUGCUGAGAACUGCUGGCUUAUGCACCACCGGCGAGACCCGUUACCCGAAGAAGCAGCGUUACGCGAAGAUCGAGAUUUCGCUGAAAGUCUGCGACUCUGCAGACCGUCUCCGGGAUACUUUGAUCCAUGAGAUCUGCCACGCAGCCUCCUGGCUUCUCGACGGCAUCCGUGAUUCUCAUGGUGACGCAUGGAAGUAUUAUGCCAAGAAAUCGAAUGUGGUGCACCCGGAGCUGCCCAUGGUCACUCGUUGCCAUAAUUACAAGAUUAACUACAGGAUCCAUUAUGAGUGUACUCAGUGCAAAACCAGGGUCGGCCGCUAUACCAGAUCCUUGAACACCGAUCACUUUAUCUGUGCCAACUGCAAGGGGCCUCUGGUCAUGCUGCCACUAACUCGCAAGGAUGGAAGCCCCAUUGCACCCCAUGUGAGGCCCUUUGCUAAGUAUGUGCAGGAGAAUUAUAGAACGAUUAAGCAUGAGACGGAUGGGAUAAGCCAUGGGGAUGUGAUGAGGCAGCUGAGCAAGGAUUAUGCCGAUAAGCAAAGGCAGGAUCGUUGAGGUUAUCUGGGGGUGUAUUUCUGUGGGCUGAGCCCCCCCGCCUGCUAAGAAGUUUCAGAAAAAUAUCUCUGUUUCUGAUAAGCGAUGAAUAUUAGGAAUAAUAGGAUUUAAACUGUUUCUUUAUAGCCUCAUACUGUUAAUGAUGAUUGUUCUUAAGAAAGGAUUCUGUUGCUAAGCGAUUUUGUGCCCUUGACGGUACUCACAAGCCCUUUGGAUCCACUCUGGGUAUCAGUUAGUUUUAACAUAGUUCUAACACGUAGAACACAAUGCAGACACAAACUGUGUUUUCAAGAGGGGCAGGUGGAGAGAAGGAGAAGGAUGCUGGGGGGUGAACCAGUUUUAAAGGCAGCACUCCAAGACCAGGGCUGCCGGCAGGUGGAACCUGCGAAAUUUACCUAGACAUAAAAGACAAGCAUAUUUCAUGAAUUCAGCUGCUCUUGAGAUUGAAUAAAGCCGCACUGAGCCAAUGUAGUUGUUACUAAGACAAAAAAAAUAAAAUGUUUUCUGCGAUUUGCUUAUUAACGGGGUCUGUUCAUUGACAACCUGUGCCUCACGUAGAACCGGCCCUCAGGUCUUUCGUCCAAGACCCCAGACCUUGGAAGUGCUCCAGAGUGUGUCUGCAAGAGCACUCUCCAUUCUGGGCUUGUCUAGGAAUUUUGUGACUGCCCGUAAGCACUUCGGCAGCCUCCCCACUCCUGGGAGAUAGCCGGGAUGCAGACUGGGGUCAACGUUGUAUGCAUUUCCUACUGCUGCCCUAACAAAUUACCACAAGCUUAGUGACUUAAAACAACACAGAUGGGUCAUCUUACAGCUUGGGAGGUCAGCAGUCAGACGCGGACCACACUGGACUGAAGUCGAGGUGUGGGCAGGGCUGUGUUUCUCUCUGGAGGCCCUGGGGUUUGGGGAUCCGUUUCCUCGUCUUGUCCAACAUCUAGAGGUCACCUGCAUUCUUUGGUUUGUGGCCCCCUUCCAUCCUUCAAGCCAGCAACAUCUCCCUCUCUCUCUGUGUCUCUCUCUCACCCUCCCUCUCCCUCCUCCUCCCUUUCUUUCACUUUUAA